AUGAAACAGCCAACCAUGUACUUUAUGAUGGCGAUGUAGUGGCCUUCACAUUCAUUUUCUCAUUCUUCCAUUAGCUUUAAACCCCAGCUCUGCUGUAUCUACUUCAUCUGCCUUAACAAAGUCACUUUGUUUCUAAUAUUUUGUACCCUACUUUAACAGAUUGGAUCUCCUCAGCUGAUCAUGCACAUAAAUAUUCACAACUAUUGAUUGAUAGAGAGGAAGAAUUAGAAGAUAUAAUACAGAGGAUCAAGAGAUGUUGCAAAGAGCAGCAAGCAAUGCUUAUUCAUGGUGGUGGGCUGGCCAUAUCAGAACUAAGCAGUCUAAAUGGCUUGAACAAAGCAUGCAAGACAUGGAGGAGAAGGUGGAUUAUGCACUCAGGCUCAUCCAAGAAGAUGGAGACACUUUUGCCAAGAGGGCAGAAAUGUACUACAAAAAAAGACCAGAGCUGAUAAGCUUUGUCGAAGAAGCUUUCCGUGCUUUCCGCGCCUUGGCUGAAAGAUAUGACAGCUUAUCAACAGAUUUGCAGAAAGCCAAUACCACAAUUGCUACAUGCUUGCCAGAACAAGUCCAGUUUGCGAUGGAUGAGGAAGAUGAGUUUUUUGCAUCCAAGAAUGCCAAGUCUAGUCAUUUACAACAAGGGCCACCGGUUCCAAAUCCGCCAAAAGUCCCCAAGGUUCCAAAUCGACCUAUGAGAGGUAUGAUAAAUGAAGCCUCAAAGAAGCUUGAAGCAAAGGCGUCAUCUAAAGCAGCAACUGCCAAGAUUAAGCCUGCUAAAUCUGGUUUGACCAAGAGCGAAGCGCUUGAGGAGAUUGACAAGCUUCAGAAAGAUAUUCUUGCUUCGCAGACUAUGAAGGAGUAUGUGAAGAGUUCAUAUGAAAAUGGGAUAUCUAACUAUUGGAGACUUGAGAAUGAGAUAUUGGAGAAGCAAGAUAAGGUUAUCAGGUUACAAGAUGAGUUUGGUGUUAGCACUAUGAUUGAAGACAAAGAUGCUCGGACUUUGAUGGCAGAAGCAGCGAUUAAAUACUGCCAGGAAACAUUGGCUCAGUUGCAGGAUAAGCAAGAGAGGUCUGCUGAAGAAGCAGAAAUUGAAAACAAGAAAAUUGAGGAUGCUCGUCUAAGAUUGAAGUCACUCAAACAAGAGUUUUUCGCUCAUCAGGCAGACGAGGUUGAAAGAGCAGAAGAGAGUACUGAUCACAGACCAGAAGAGUUACAAAGUUUAAAGCAAGACGUUGUUGGUCCUGAGAGACAGAAAUUAGAAGCACUGCGUGAAAAGAUCAAAAAGCAGUUUAGAGUAGGCACCAGUGAGUCUCUUACAGUGUCAGAACUAGUAGAUAAGAUUGACGAUCUUGUGAAUAUGGUGAUCAACCUGGAAAGUUCAGUUUUGUCACAGACUGUACUGAUCGACAGAUUAAGAGCAGAAGCUGAUGACUUUCAUUUACAAAUCCGAAGCUUGGAAGACGACAAGGCAACUCUAUUAGAUGGAAGGCAAGAUUCAGAAAAAAGGGUGAAAGAGAUGGAGCAAAAACUAUACAGUGUUCAGAAUUUAAACAAGAACAUUAUUAUUCAGAAUACUGACAUCCAUACUCAUUUUAAUGAAGUCCAUAGCAGUCUUGAUCAACUAUCAGAGAAACUUCAGAGUGUGCAACCAGAGGAAGAAAUGGAUUCCCCACGAGAAGAAGAGGGUUUACAUAUCGAAGCAAAAUCAGCAUUGGUACUGCAAAACAAAGAACAAGAAGGUGGUGAUUUGAUACGCAACACUGCAGGAUCUGAUGAAAUUAAACAGAAUUUCAAUGCACAAUCAGUUACCUCUAGCAACUCGGGAAAAGGAGAAGUAGACACACCACACGACAAAGAAGCCGGUGGCAGUGUACUAGACUCUAAAACUUCUGGAACAGAAGAAGAAGCAGAUAGAACCAAACAGAAUUUCAGUGCAUCAUUAGUACACUCCAAUGAAUCAAAACAAGUAGAUAAAGGGGAAGGGGUAGCGGUCAUUACCAGCAGUUCAGAAACGGAAGUAAAAGAAAAUAAUAUGGAAUGGAUUCCCAGUGCAUUAGCAAUUGAAAAUUCAAAGGGAGAAGGUGCAGAAUCCUAUGGUAAAUCUGAAACAAGUCAUGUCUCUAAGGGAACUGCCUUGCUAGAAAUUACAGAGAGACCUCCUAGCAUUGAACAAAUGAAUUUAGAGAAGUUUGCAGAUGAGCUAAACUCGCAGCAGCUGCCCUUUAAUGGAUUGGAAGAUAAAGAAAGGAUUCUACUGGCGGAAUAUACAACAAUCCUCAGGAACUACAAGGAAGUGAAGAAGAAGCUGAGUGAAGAGGAGAAGAAAAAUGAAAUUCUUUUUGAAACAACGCUGCAGUUACGAGAUAUGAAAAGUUCUGUUGCAAAAAAGGACCAAGAGAUUCAGUCUUUACGUCAGAAACUAAACCUUAUACAAGAAGAAUCUGGCGAAUCUGGUGAUGGACCUGAAGCUGAUGGCACAGCAGAAAAUGACACUAUUGGCACGCUUCCAACAGAAGAUGAGGAGGAAGAGAUUAAGUUUUUGAUUAAUCAGCCAAAAACUAUCUCACCAGUAGAGGAAAAGCUCAGGGAAAAGAUUGAUGCAAUACUUGAUGAGAAUCUGGAUUUUUGGCUAAGGUUUAGCGGUGCAUUCCACCAGGUCCAGAAAUUCAAAACUGAAGUCCAAGACUUACAGGAUGAAAUAUCACGACUGAAGAAAAAAGAGGAAUCACACAGUUCUAUUUCAACAGAUCUUACAGCAGAUGUGCGAGCAGUAUGCAAACACCUAAGCGAGAAAAAAACUGAACUUACAGUGUGGUUAGAACAAAGUAAUUUGCUGAAGAAUGAACUGCACCGCAGAAUCUCAUCUAUAUCUGAAAUUCAAGAAGCAAUAACGGUAUCUUUGAGGGAAGGAGUGGAGACGGAUGAAAUCACGUUCAGUACACAUCAAGCUGCAAAGUUUCAAGGUGAGGCAUUAAGCAUGAAGCAAGAGAACAACAAGGUAAAUGAGGAAUUAUUGGCAGGUAUAGACCAUAUAAUUGCUCUCCGAACUGAAAUUGAGAGGACUCUAGCCAAGUUGAAUCUUACAGAAGGAAAAUCAUCAUUCAGGAGUCACAGCCGUUCUAAGGUUCCCUUACGGUCUUUUCUUUUCGGGACCAAGGAAAAGAAACAUAAACAUUCAAUAUUUUCAUACCUGCACCACAGCAGCAAAAAAAUGUCAUCCCCAUAAUUAUAGAAAACCUUUUAUGAGUGUAAUAUAAAGUUUUCCUCUGCUUCAGUUUUCUUUCUCUACAUUGUUUUUAGGUAGGGUUGGAUUCAGAUCAGGGCUUGUGUGGAAGUGAUCCUAAUAGAGGAGCAAAGGAUUCUCAGCUGCCUACUUAUGUGUGUAGUGUAGCUGAGAUUCUUAUACUUGUUUGCUAAUUUAUUUAAAAUUAUUGUUGAGUGUAUAUUAUGAACUUUAAAGUUUUUCUGA